AUGGCGUUCAAGCUGACCCCGACCGAGAGCCUGCGCGCGUGCGGCGUGCUGGAGGAGUCGCUGGAGAAGAUGAGCUUCCUGGGCAGCAUCACGCCCGACAUCCUGCAGCACCGCGAGGAGCUGUCGCAGGUCGUGGGCGAGGAGAUCUCGCGCAUCAUCCAGGAGCAGCGCCAGCUCGAGGGCAAGUACGAGAAGCUCAUCGCCCAGCGCGCGGUGCUCAAAGGGCUGGCCAACAAGUCCAAGUUCAAGGAGAACCAGCGCGAGAUCCAGGAGGUCAGUCGCCUGCUGCGCGAGUCCACCAAGAGCCUGUGCCGCAAUCUCAAGGAGAACCCCAACUUUGCCGGGAACCUGCUCAAGAUCCAGCAGGAGCGCGAAGGUUUGCUGGAGCUGCUCGGCCAUACGCUGACGGAGAUGAAGAAGCACGGCACGUUCGAGACGCUGCUGACGUUCGUGGCCGACGGCAAGAGCACGCAGGAGAAGGCCCACGAGAUCCUCAAAAAGGAGCGAGAAGCAGUCGACGAGGUCAAGAGGCUCGGGGCGGAACUAGCGAGGGAGAAGCUCGAGCACCAGAAGGAGGUGGCGGAGCACAAGGCCGCGAUCCUCCGCCUCAAGGAGCAGAUCCUCGCUGUCAAGUCCAAGACGCAGAUCGACAUCCGCUACGCGCGGAACGAGGCCAAGGCCAAGCGCAGCAGCACGGCUCGAAUGUACCACCAGCUGAUGGAGGAGCAGCACGACCGAAUCAAGGAUCUGCAGGGCAAGUGCUCGACCGAGACCAAGGUGCACGACGAGACUGUGCACUUUCUCAAGGACCGUCACGAGCAACUUCAGACCGAGCUGGCCGAAUGGAACGCUAAGUAUCAACAGGACACGCAGGCAAAGCAGGCACAACUGCGAGAGCUACAGGAACGGAAGGCCGCGAACGCUCUGAGACUGGAGAAUUUCCAGAAGAGGUGGCAGCAAGAGAUGACCACCAUUAAGCAGAAAGAGGAGGAGCGUCAGCGGCUGCUGGAGCUCGAGGCACUGCGCAAGGAAGAGCUCAAGGCUCAGAAUACGGCUGCGAGGAUCAUCCAGGUCGCCUACCGCGCGUACAUGGCUAAGAAAGAGGAGAAGCGCAAAGCUACUGAAUCCGAGAAGAAGGCAGGGAAGAAAGGAGGCAAGAAGAAGGGCAAAAAGUAG